GCGAAGUGCGAGGUUAGCACUUCUCAUCACGGGAGAUAGUUUUGCUUUUACGUGACGUUACACAUGUGUUGGCCAAGCAUUUCUGUUUCCCAAUCGCGUCGUCCUGAAUUUAGGAACCCCAGUCAGACCUAAUUGAUGAGAAAUAAAAAGGUGGACUUACUUUAAUCGGAAGAAAGCAGUGACACAAUGAUGGCAUCCGCGGCAACAGGACUAGGUGCUCAGAGAUCUGCCAUUUUGAUUGAAGCUGAACCCAUAGCAGGACCAUCCAGUAUGGAUGAUGAUAUGGAAGAAGGGGAGGUGGCCGAGGAGAAGAAGGCAGGCUUCCAUGUCAACACAAGACUCAUCCCCAAGGCUCUGCUCGAAGAACACUCAGAGCUAGAAGGUCUGGGACUUGGUGUCUUCAACCAGCAGGAUUUCGAAGAUGGUGUGAUGGCCCAGGCGGACCAGGCUAUGGCGUUGCAGGAAGAGGAGAGGUUACGUCGAAUUCUUACGAAAGAGAUGACAGCCGUUGAGGACGACUUCAAAAUGGCCAAUCAGGAAUUGACUCACAUCAAUAAAGUGAUGGAAUCAAUGCCUCAGUCCAUUGAGGGAGUCAGUCGAGAUGUGAGGCACACAAUAGAAGCUAUUAAGAAACAGAGAGACAAUAAGCUGAAGCAUCUGAAAAAGUUGGAAUCAAGGAAGAGCGUAUUGCAGACUAAGAUGGACAAUGUCAAGAUUGAUGCAGGUGUGCUGGUAGCGCCACUCGGACAACAAGGAGAAGAUCUUGAAGCAGGUUUGACAUCUGGAAAAAAGAGAGAAUCGGAGAGAGACAGGAUGAUAAGACUUGGUCACAUGACUCCCUUUGGAACAAUUAUCAAGAACAAGAAACAAGCCAAACCUAAACAGCGAACAACCACUUCAAAGGAUGGUGCAAGCAAGACAAAACAUAAACUGUCUGCCAAUGGUAAAUCAGGUGUGAACCACAGUGUUGACGGUCAGUCUCCUGUGAAGAAGAGGAAGAGUGAGAAGUCUAACCUGUUUGAUGCGAGGGACCAUAAGUUGUAUGAUCGGGAGACUGACUACACUCAAGCAAGGUACCAACGUCGAGGGAGAAGGAGUUAUGGGAAUGGAGAAGCAUCAUUUGGAGAUGAAGAGAGUGACCGGGAUGGCAGCGGUGAUGAAUGGCAGCCAUCAGAGCAGGCCAUUGAGGAGGAGGAUGAUGCACUAGAGCUAUUAGAGAGGAGGAAGGAACGGAAGGCGUUUCUACCAGAGAGGCAUGUUCCCCCGGCAUAUGUUGAUGGUGUCGCGAAGCGGCAGAUAAUGAAGGUGAAGAAAGACACCAGCAUCCACAAGGCCAAGGAUGAUGGGGAUGAGAGAUUCUACCAGAGGAGACUGAAGGAAUACCAGAGGACUGAGCUGCUGAAGAAGUUUGAGCGCGAGUCAAAGAUGGAUGCGAGAGGGGACGAUGACAAUGACUCGGAGGAGGACGAGGAAUUUGAGGGAGGACUCCAAGUGCCAGGAUGUAUCUGGAAAAACCUCUACCAGUACCAGAGAGUGGGGGUGCGAUGGUUGUGGGAGCUCCACUGCCAGGAGGCUGGUGGUAUUGUUGGCGAUGAGAUGGGACUUGGCAAAACCAUUCAGACUAUUGCAUUCCUGGCAGCUCUCAAAUACAGCAAACUGCGCAACAAAAACUUUCCAUAUUCGGGCCUGGGACCAUGUGUGAUUGUAUGUCCAGCGACUGUGAUGCAUCAGUGGGUGAAGGAGUUUCACAAAUGGUGGCCUCCAUUCCGGGUGGCAAUUCUGCACUCAUCUGGUUCGUACAGUGGCAAGGAGCGUGACUUGGUGUACGGGGUGGUGCGGAACCAGGGGGUGCUGGUCACCUCCUUCAGCACCCUGGUCAUCCACCAGGACGUCGUCCUGCCCUACAACUGGCACUACGUCUUCCUGGACGAGGGACACAAGAUACGCAACCCAGAUGCUCAGAUCACGCUCGCCUGUAAACAGUUCCGCACGCCGCACCGAGUCAUCCUCUCCGGCUCCCCCAUACAGAACCACUUGAAGGAGCUGUGGUCACUGUUUGACUUCAUCUUCCCCGGCAAGCUGGGCAUGCUCCCCGACUUCUUGCAGCACUUCUCCGUGCCCAUAGUGCAGGGAGGCUAUGCCAACGCCACCCAGGUCCAGGUGGAGACCGCCUACAAGUGUGCCACCGUUUUGAGAGAUACGAUCAAUCCGUUCCUGCUGCGCAGAAUGAAAGCUGAUGUCAAAGUAGGCCUGAAUCUACCUCAGAAGAAUGAACAGGUGCUGUUCUGCCGGCUGACGGAGGAGCAGAGGGAAGUGUAUCAGGAGUACCUCGACUCCCGGGAAUGUCAGGCCAUCCUCUCCGGCAAGUACAAGAUAUUUGCUGGUCUGAUCACACUGCGGAAGGUGUGUAAUCAUCCUGACCUGUCCACAGGUGGGCCCCGGAUCCUGGUGGGCGAGGACACUCAUGGGGAUGAGACGCUGGACUAUGGCUUCUACAAACGAUCAGGGAAGAUGAUGGUGGUGGAGGCGCUUCUGAAGCUGUGGCAGAAGCAAGAACACAGGGUCUUGCUGUUCAGUCAGAGUAGAACGAUGCUGGACAUCAUGGAGUUUUUUGUUCAGAAGCAUAUGUAUUCCUACCUCCGUAUGGAUGGGACCACACCCAUUUCUUCCCGGCAGCAGCUCAUUGACCAGUUCAAUAAGGAUCCAUCCAUCUAUGUGUUUCUGCUGACAACGCGAGUCGGGGGUCUGGGUGUGAAUUUGACUGGAGCGAACCGUGUGAUAAUCUUUGACCCGGACUGGAACCCCAGCACCGACACCCAGGCUCGUGAGAGGGCGUGGAGGAUCGGACAGAAGAAGCAGGUCACCAUCUACAGGCUUCUCACAUCUGGCACCAUCGAGGAGAAAAUAUACCACAGGCAAAUCUUCAAGCAGUUUCUAACAAACCGUGUGUUGAAAGAUCCUAAACAACGUCGCUUCUUUAAAUCCAAUGACAUCUAUGAACUAUUUACCUUGACUGAUCUUGGAGAUGGUGAGGGCACGGAGACCAGCGCCAUCUUUGCUGGGACUGGGUCAGAUGUCACGGUCCCAAGGCCAGUGAAGAAACAAGAGACAGCAAAGUCAAAAGUCAACAGGUUUGAUGAAAUGAAAAAGGAAUCUAAAUCCUCAAAAGAAGAUUCGUUUGAAAAUACUUUUGACACAGAUGAGAUUCAGCGUAUGCGAGAGAUGGCCAGGAUGUUGAGUCAGAGGAUGGAGAAGGAUAAGAACAACACCAAGAGUGAGUCCGGUGGAGCCCUGAAUGGGGCACAUGCUGCCUCAAAGCGAGACAAUGAUCACAAAACACCCCUCGCAAAGGACACCCUCAGGGAUGUGGAUAGGAAGCAAAAGAAAAAAAAGAAGAAGAGGAAGAGAGAUGCCAAGUUUGAGGGUGAACGGAUCCCCCAUCUCGACCGAAAAAGUGACUACAAGGACAAGGAUGAGGAUGCAGACCAGAAGAAGAACGACGACUACGUCUUGCAGGAACUCUUCAAGAAAACAGGAAUCCAGGGCGCACUGCAGCAUGACAAGAUCAUGAGCUCCGGACGACCCGACUUUGCUCUGGUGGAGGCUGAGGCAGAGAAAGUGGCCAAACAGGCCGUGGCUGCACUGAAGAAGUCUCGAUCUCACUGCUACUCCGCCCUGGACGGAAUCCCAACAUGGACGGGGCAGCACGGUGGGGGAGCCAAACCUAAAUUUGGAAAGAAGAAAAACAGCCUCCUUGCUGACAAGAUCAAACCCACGACGCCACCACCACCAUCUGCUACUGUAUCUAAGAUGCCGGAGAAGUCUAACGAAGACAAGAUGUUUGAUGGAAGUAUGUCCGGGGCAGUGGCCCUGACAGCCAAUGCGGCAGUCAUGUCGUCCGAUGACCUCCUGUCAAAGAUGAGGCGCAGACACAAUCUGUCAAAGCAGGGGGAUGAGGAUAUUGGCGGAAACCCUGACAAGGUUGACACAAAAGACCUUGACCUUAUGACAGACAUUCGGAACUAUAUUGCAUUCCAGUGUCACAUCGAUGGACAGGCGGCAACGCGGGAACUACUCGAUCAGUUUGGUCCUCGCUUGCCAAAAGGGGGCGCUGCAUGCUUCAAGGCAAUGCUCAAUCAGAUCUGUGACCUUGACAAGUCAAGUGGUGUUGGAAUAUGGAGACUGAGAACUGAGUUUAGAUGAUGAUUAUCUGGGGUUUUAAUUUUGCUUGACAGGAUUGAGAUGAAGUUGGCCACAGACAGUGCAAACUGGAAGGACGACAAGUUGCACAGACUGAAAUCUUCAGUUAAUGUAAUUCAGAUAGUGGGUAAAGAACUGCACAGAAAAUAUGGACAAAUUAUACUGCUUAAUGCAUGAGUGGGUUCAUGGAACUUUUGUAUUGAAGCACAUACACAUACACACACACAUACACUCACACACACACACACGCACACACAAACACAACGAAAUGAAACAUGGUCAUAGAAUUGGUCUCUGUGACACUGCUAGCAUUUUAUGAAAGAGAGCAUUAAGGCUUAAAAAAAAAAAAUUGGUUCUCAGGCAAUGGCUUUUUUUCUUUUGGUGGUUCAAACUAGUAUGAAACCAAAUACUAGUUGUGGAACCAAAUAAACAGUUGUGUACAAUCAACCUGGAAAAGGGCCUCCCUACGUUAAUGUAUUCCUUGAUGAGUUAAAUACUGAAAUACAGUUUUUGACUACAGUUGGACUGGGAAUAUUAAAGGAUUUUUUUUGUUUUUUUCUAUGGAAAUAAAAACAAUAUGUGCGGCGAACUUUAUGAUGAUGCAAGCGGUGCCUGAGAACCAUGACUAUAAUUUUUAUUUAUAUAUGUUUACUUGUUAAUGGUAUACAUGGGUGUAUGCAUCAAAUAUUUUGUUAGUUCUGCCAGUGACAACCUCAGGGGCAUUAUUAGUUACUUAGUUGGUUUAUCAUUGAUGUUCACCUGUUAACAGUGUCCCAGGGAUAUUAUUUGUUGGUUCCUCCUAUGAUUUACCUGUCCUUGAUCAGGUAACAGAAAAAGUGUUAUUGCUUUGCUGUCAUAUAACAUGUGAUUGUUCCCAGUUUCAGUGUUAACUUUAGAGAGAGUGAUCACUAAUCACAGAAACUCACAGUGAAACAAGCGUUACUGUCAAGUGUCAUGUCACAUCUCUGCUUCAACAGUUUCAAAAGAACUUUAAACCUAAAUGUAAUGCUUGUUUGUUCAUUAACAUCAAGAUGGCAGAUUGGGAGCCAGAGAUUAAAUAAUUUUUUACACAGACCAGCUAAUGACAGUGCUGCUGGAUGACAUGGAUGCUACUCAUGAGGCAACUCACCCUUCUGCUGGGGAUGUCCCCUACACUGUCACAUGACCAUGGGCGCCAUGGUUACCAGAUCCACCACUGAUGCAACUCACCCUUCUGCUGGGGAUGUCCCCUACACUGUCACAUGACCAUGGGCACCACGGUUACUAGGCCCACCCUGGAUGCAGCACAUCCUUCUGCUGGGAAUGUCCCCUACACUGUCACGUGACCAUGGGUGCCAUGGUUACCAGAUCCACCACUGAUGCAACUCACCCUUCUGCUGGGGAUGUCGCCUACACUGUCACAUGACCAUGGGCACCACGGUUACUAGGCCCACCCUGGAUGCAGCACAUCCUUCUGCUGGGGAUGCAAAAUCAGGCAGCAAACGAGGAAUAAUAACAGGAAACUAUCAGUUUCACCCACUCACUUGCUCUAUCCCAUUUGUCAUCACUUUACUGCAACUUCAGGGAGCAAUAUAAUAUACUACGUCAUGGUUGUAGUACCGUUGUAAUACUUACAAAAAUAAGAGUUCCUACUUGCACAUGGGAAACUGUCCUACUAUUGUAGAUGUGGGCUAAUCAGUGCAACCAGGGAAAUGUUUUACCUUGGUAACUACUGCUCAGGAUCCAUCAUUUAUUGAGAAAGUCAUGAACUGUUUCAUGAUAAUGAUCACAACCUCAGUAAUUGUAUAUGUUGAGUUUCAGGAAAGGACAGGGUAUGAUAAGGAGAUUUUUUGGCCCACAGGUUCUGUAAAAUUUAAGAAAUGAAACAUUCAGAUAUUAUGAAAGUUAUCAGAUAUGUUCACAUGAAUGAGAACUAGACUUUGUUCACGUUUUGGACCUAGCACAACACUAAAUGUGUACUCUAGGUUAAAGUGUGUCAAAAGGGAUGAUUUUGGUUGUUUUCAAUUUGUAUUUUUUGUGAGCAAGUGUUUGACCCAAGAUCAUUCUCCUGGGAGAUGCAGAUAAAGACAGUACAAACAUACUGUAAUAAGUUCAUCUCGGGUCACAGACGUGCUCAUAACUAGAUUUCCUGUUGAAAUAGGAGAAAAAUAGGCCUUUUUUCUCAUUGUAGCCAUUCUUAUGUAUUUAAUGAUGCCAGAAGUGAAAAACUUACAAAUCUCAGAAUGAAAAAAGGCUAGUUGUCAACAAUUUGAAUAUAUGAUUUACAUAAUAAUGUUACAAAGUUUUCCGUAUAUAAAAUUGGACAUUUCCUUUAGGCUAGAAACAUCUCUUAUCCACCUCGUCCUUUUUGAGAGACCGAAAGCUGUUGUUUCAUCUCAUUAAUGGCAGUUGAUGAUUGAUUUUACAUGGCUGGUUAUGAGGGUUUGAUGGUAUUUUUCAUAUAUUCAGAUGUCUCACUCCGUGGAUAAGACUUCCAUUAUUCUCUGUCAUAAGAUGUCGUCUUUUGAAAUGUCCUACAUCUUGUAUACCAGCUUGCAGCAACACCCUCAGGGACCUGCAGCAACACGUCCGAGUGUGACCUUUCUAGUUCAUCAUACUUAAUGUUGAUUUAUUACUGUGAUAUUUUCAUAAACAUUUAUGUAUAUUUGAACAUUUCAUGAAUCAUGAAUGUAUUGCUGUGCAAUCAGAUCAUCAAAAGAAAUAAAUUUUGUACAUACA